AGCAUAUUUCUCUUGUUUACCGGCCCAGCGGCCAGAAUGAAGGUGUGACCCGUCUCAUGGACAAGUAUUGGGUGGCCCAUCCUGACGAUGUUUUCUGUCCAUGCACCUGUGAAGUGAGUGGAGACAAAGUCCAUUUCAUCGAUCCAGAUGGUAAGCGUGUGACGAACAAGGGCUCUCCGCUCACACAUUCAGUAGCAACUUUAGGAGAACUUCCCAAAGUUCAUGAACCCCAGCUUCUUGGUGUUGGCAAUGUUUGUGAGCUCGUUGUUGUGGACAAUGCUGCAGUUCUUCACACCGUCCGCACCAGAUACAAGAGAUCCGAUAUCUAUACAUUCGUCUCCAAGAUGCUGGUCGCGGUGAACCCUUUCAAAGAGCUAGCCGUUUACUCCAAGGAGAACCUGAUCAAGUAUCUUGGGGCUUCGAGCACUAUGGAUUUGCCACCGCAUAUAUAUGCAUUGGGCCUGCACGCAGUCAAGGGGCUGCAGCAGAAUGGCGGAACAAGCCAGGUUGUACUUAUUAGUGGCGAGUCUGGGGCCGGCAAGACCGAAUCUGCGAAAUUAGUAAUGUCUUACAUCUCAGAGGCGAUUGGAAGCUCCCGGCAGUUGCAGCGACGGGAGAGCAGGCCCCGAUAUUCGGUAGCCUUCGAUCCUGCAACACCAGGCCAAUCGAGGCGAAAGAGCCGAUACUCUGUGAUUGAUCCCGCAAAGCCCAGUAUUCAGGACAAGAUCAUCCAGACAAAUCCAAUUCUGGAAGCUUUUGGAAAUGCCAUGACAGUGAGGAACAACAACUCCUCCCGCUUUGGCAAGUGGACUCAAAUGAUCAUUUCUCCAAACAUGACCAUUGAAGGCUGUUCUGUCACUGACUACCUUUUGGAGGUGACCCGAGUGUGUGGCAGCGCUGAGAAGGAGCGCAACUACCACAUUUUCUUUCAGUUGCUACAAGCUAGAGACGAUCCAGAACUGCAAGAUUUGGGCAUCGAAGCUCCACAGGAGUACAACUACAUCAAAGGAUCCCAGCUCACAGCACCUGGAAUCGAUGAUGCACGCUGUUUCUUAGAAGUCAAAGAGGCCUUCCUUGCCUUGAGCUUCAGCUUGGAGGUACAGAAGGAGAUCUUCAAGGUAGUGGUGGGCUUGCUGGUCCUUGGCAACAUCGACAUUGCCGAUGGAGACGAAGCCAAGAUUGAAGGAAAUGCUGCAGUGAGCAAAGCGAGCCAACUGCUUGGCAUCGACCCGGAGGCAUUGAAGAGUAUGAUUCUGAUACAGCAGCGCAAAGUUGGCACUGAGGUUAUGAACUCGCAAAGGACCCCUCCUCAAGCCAAAUCCGUGCGAGAUACUUUUGCCAGGAUGCUGUACGGUCGCACCUUCAAGUGGCUCAUUGAGAAAAUCAACGAGAAACUUCGCGAGUCUUCCACCAGCCAAGUUUUCCUGGGAGUGCUGGACAUUGCUGGGUUUGAAAGCUUCGAACGCAACAGCUUGGAGCAACUCUUCAUCAAUUUGAGCAAUGAAAUCUUGCAAAGCCACUUCAAUCAACACUUUUUCCGAAUGGAACUCAAGGAGUAUGAAGCUGAAGGCAUUGAGGUGGGUAUCGACAUAAAAUAUCAGGACAACUCGGAUAUCGUUAGUUUGAUCAAUGCCAAAGGCGGCAUUCUUUCCCUUUUGGAUGACGAGGCCAGCCUCCCUCGGACCACAGAUGAGACCUUCGUGUCCAAAGUCAUCAGGGCACAUGGAGAUCAUACAAGGAUAGUGAGGACUAGAAUGGGAGGUGCAGGUGCAGUGAAAUUUGGCAUCAAGCAUUUUGCCGGAGAAGUCACUUAUGAUGCGACUGGCUUCUUGGAGAAAAACAGAGCAAAGCUUCCUGAUGAGGCUGCUGCACUGCUUUGCUCUUCAUCGUCCUCAAUCCUGCAGGAAAUUGGCAAGAAAGUGACUGCUGAAGUAGAGGCUGAAAGUCGUAGUAAAGGCCGAAAGGUCAAGACUGUCAGUUCUGGUUUUCGGCAGUCCUUAGAGGACUUGAUGCAAACCGUGAACUCAGCGGAGCCUCACUUCAUCCGUUGCCUCAAGCCAAACCCGGCCAAGGCCCCGGACAACUUUGACUCCAAGUAUACCUACGAACAGAUGUUGUACAGUGGAAUCUUUGAGGCAGUGCGCAUCAGGCAAUCUGGCUUUCCGAUGCGAUUGCUUCACGCCGACUUUGUGGAACGUUAUUGUCGGUGCCUGCCAAAAGAGCAAUGGCCAGAGCUUGUUGGGCCCAGGCAGGUGCCGGAGCAGGAGAAGCUAAAUCUGGUUGUGACUGCUCUUCGGAAGCAGCUCGCCCAAGUUGAUUUACCAGACCAGGGCCUCGCAGUUGGAACCACGAAGGUUUUGGGCAAAGCGCUGACAAUGAGUGUCUUAGAGGAGAUACGUCACAAAGCCCUGCUUUCGCAGAAACAGGACCAGGAAGCUGCAAAAGAAGAAAUCACAAGGGCAAUCAAGGCGCGGGACCCUGAAGCCUUGCUCGCCGCCUUGGUGCAAGGCGAACUGCUGCAGUUGGAGCAGAAUAUUUUGGAGGAGGCAAAAAGAGCACUUGAAUACGAGGAGAGGCGUGCAAAGGUCAUGGAGGUCCUCAAUGAGGCGAUCAGCGUUCGUGAAGUCAUUCGACUCAGAGCGGCGAUUCAACAGGCAAAGGACUUUGGCUUGGAGCACCCAGAUGAUUUGGCCAUCCUUGAGGAAGCAGUGGUGACAAUGCAGCGGGAACUUUGGCCUCAAGCUCGUUCCGGAUUGGCACAGGCGGUGCUUGCCCGCGAUGUCAAGAAGCUGCAGGAGGCCCUGGCAGAGGCACAGCUAGUGGGUCUUGCUGCAGAUGAGACGAAGCCGGCGAGGCAAGCUUUGCGGGAGGAGGAACGGAAAGCUGCGGCAAUCGAGGGCCUUAAGGAUCCGCUUUUGCGCAAGGACAUCGCAGCCAUGCAAUCGGCCAUUGCUGAAGGUGAAGAAGCAGGCCUGACAGAUGCCGACUUGGAACAAAUAAGGAAAGCACUUGCUGAAGAAGAACGAAAAGUCAAUGCCCGUACAGCAUUGCAGACUGCAACAAAGUCUCGCAAGGUUCCGGCAAUCCAAGCUGCUCUGGAGGAGGCGGAAGCCUGCCAGUUGGAGGGUCCAGAGAUCUACGAGGCGAAGCGAACGCUGGCAGAAGAGCAGUCCAAGAUGCAAGCCAGGACGGCAGUGCAGCAGGCAAUGCAAAGCCGGGAUGUCACAGAGCUACGAGCAGCUUUGAAACAAGGCUUUGCCUGGGGCUUGGAGGAGGCAGACUUACAACGGGCAAGGAUGAUUCUGAAGCAGGAGGAGAUCAAGCUGGAAGCGUUGCGGGCUUUGGAAGACGCCCUCCGCAGCCGAGACAUUGAGGAUUUGCAAGCAGCUAUCCGCAAUGGGCAAUCCUCCAAUCUGGACCCCUCACAAUUGCGCCCUGCUCGGACAGCUUUGGAGGAGGAACAGAAGAAAGUCUCAGCCAAGUCCAGCCUCGAGAAGGCCAUCAAGCGCAGAGACAUAAAUGCACUGCUGAAAGCGUUGGCAGACGGGGAGAAAGCUGGCUUGGUGCCAGAAGAUGAGGAGAUGAUGAUGGCUAGCGCUACCCUAGCAGCUGAGCAGGCCAAGGCAGCAGCAAAGGAGCUUUUGGCGCAGGCUGUGCGAGACCUUAGUUAUGACACAAUACCAAAUCUUCGGGCAGCCAUUCAAGAGGCCGAACUCCAACUCUUGGAUGCUGUUCUCCUGGAUCCUGCAAAAACAAAGUUGGAGACAAGUGAACGGCAGCUGGCUGCAAAGACGGAUCUUCGAGAUGCUUUGGCCAGUGGAGACAUCGAAGACCUCUCUUCGGCAAUUAGCAAUGCUGAACAUGCAGGACUUCCUUCAGCAGAUGAGCACCUUUCGGAAGCGCGGCGAUUGCAUGCAGAAGAGAAGAGGCGAGUCAAAGCUCGACAAGGACUCUUCGAUGCAGUGCAAAGUCGCGACAUCGAGCGAUUGCAGAAGGCAAUUGAAGAAGGCCAAGCAUGCAAAAUUGAUGAAGAUGACAUUCGCGAAGCGAGCGAUGUUCUGAUGGAGGAGAACCGCAAGGCGAAUGCGCGAGAGGGCCUUCAGCGCGCCACAUGGAGCCGGAGCAUCCUAGACCUCAAGUCUGCCAUUUUGGAGGCCGAAGAUGCAGGUGUCGAUGAAGAGGAAAUGAUGGAAGCAAGGCAGAUGCUGGGUGUAGAGGAGCGCAAAGAAGAGGCCCGAAGCAACCUCGCUGCUGCAACUCAGAACCGUGAUGUAGAGAUGCUCGAAGAUGCGCUGGAGGAGGCAGAUCGCUGUGGCCUUUUGCCAACGGAGACGCAGUUGGCAAGGCAAGUGCUUGCAGAGGAGCAGUGGAAGAUCUCUGCGCUUGAACAUCUCAGUCAGGCAAUUGCUAGCAAAGACAUAGCCGCUUUGGAAGCUGCUCUCUCGGAAGCGGAGAAUGCGGGUGUGGAAGCCGUUGAAGUCGAUACGGCGAAGAGCUUGUUAGAGCAGGAACUGCAGAAGACCUAUUUGUGGCAGAGCUUGAUGAUGGCUCAAGAAGAAAGGGAUAUCACUGCCUUGCGCGAUCAUCUCUCGAGCGCAAUUAGCUUGGGCUUCAGCUUGUCUGAGCUUGCAUCGGCGCAAGCUGUUCUCAAAGAGGAGGAGCGGAAAGAAUCAGCGCGUGAGGCGCUGUCAGAUGCUGUGCUGCAGAAGGAUGUGGGUGCGCUCCACAGAGCACUGAACGAAGCAGUGGAAUGUGGUCUUCGAGAGACAGAGCUGGCAUCCGCCCAGGACACCCUUGCUGUGGCACUACAGUUAGCUGAGACGCGACGUGAACUGGAGUCUGCAAUGAAAAGCCGCGACCCAGCCAGGCUUGCGGCAGCCAUUGCAAAAGGCCAACAAUGUGAACUGGGACCUGAGCUGGAAGCUGCGAAUGCUGUUCUGAAGGAGGCGUGGGCAGAACAGGCAAAAAAGUCGCUCCGGAAAGCCAUUGCUGAGCAGGAUGUCAGAGCAUUGUUCCGGGCUGUGGCCGAAAGCGAAGCGGUGGGUCUGGAACCUGAGGAGUUGGAGGAUGCCAAGCGUGCUUUGGAACGUGAGGCGGCCUCUGCGGCACAGGACUUUGAGGAACGAAUUCUCGAACGCAAAGCCCAACUCCUGCUACCAGCAGCUGAGCUUACCUUUGAGGUAGCGCGUCCAGCACUCCAAGCAGAGGGCUAUGGUGGAUUCGACUGGAAGGUCCGUGAGAACAUUGCGUUCACCACGGUAGCAGUGGGUCAAGAACUUGCGGUGGCGCUGGAGAAAGCAUGGUUCACCAAGAAGUCGGACAUUUUGGACGAACUUUGCCACAACCUUCGCAGCUGCUCUAUGUCAUCCACAGGAAGGGUGUGCAAAGUAGAAGCUUUGGACAGGAGAGUUUUGCUGAAGUUGGGUCUUGAGUUGAAGUCUCAGCUGGGCCAUGAAAGCAGCACAAGCUGGGCAAGCUCUCCCAUCGUCAUGGUAGCCAUGCUGCUGUAUACUCAGCAAGAUGUUGACACUGACCGAAGCAUGCUGUUCCCUGAUUGCCCCUCUUCUGCUGUGGGUCAGCGAUUAUUCCGAGAAAAGAAGGAGGCAUAUGAUGCUUACAGAACUCGGGUGGCCUCUGGACUGGCAACACGCAAUCCGAUGCUGUUCACUGAGGUGAGCCACGUGGCGGCUGCUGUGCUUCAGUCUGCUUUGCAGGGAAUGCAGGAUGGGAGCAGGUCUGCAGAGCCACUGCAGAAAUGGGUGAAGACUGCAUGUCUUUUGAGUUCGUGCCGUGAGAAAGCAGAAGAUUCAAGGACCCUCACCAGGAUAUUAAUGAAUGUAUCUGACCGGGGUAUACAAGAGCUGCAGAACAAGCAGAAGGAAGAUAUUAUUGUUUGCCCACAUAUCCUGAGCACGUCAUUGAACCCUGAUUAUGUGGAGAAGUAUCUUCACUUGGGUGCAUGGUGCUUGGAGCGGCAUGUGGUCCUCAGCAUCAGGGUGGACCGCGAUGUGACAGAGUGCCUCAAUCUGUCUGCAAUCAGCCAGUAUCCUGAAGAGAAGGAAGUGCUGCUGCCAUUCCUCUCGGUCCUGAGGAUACAGGACAUUUCGUUUGGCCCCGGCGAACCAACUCGAAUUUCUUGCCAAUUUCAAGGCUCCAUGAUGAGCUCUCGUUUGAGAUCGGCGUGUUUGUCAGACCUGACCAUGGCUUCCUAUGAGCUGGUCCAAGGUUUGGAGGAACUGCCAACACCUAGUCCGCUAUCCCUGAGCCUGGAGCAGUCCAAACUAGAUCGAUCCAAUAUCUUUGAGCCGAACCAGUACAACAGCAAAGUCUUCCAGUCACUGGUUCAUGCAUUUGAAGCACUGGACCGACGUGGUGCUUGGAUGAUCAGCCUAUCUGACUACUCUUGGGCACAGGACAGAUUGGCCAGUAGCUUCGCGGUGAAGCGGAUUCUUCGAAAGCUCACUCCGCAUUUUGCAAAAACGCAUGAUGACCUCUCCUUGCAGAAGUUCUUCACCUUGACUAUGCCUGGGGCAACCGAUGUGCAAUUGGAGAAGGCAUUCCGUUGGACAUCCCGGUAUUUGCGCAAUGCGGAGCCACGACACUUUGAAGAGUCGCCGGCAACUUGUCUUUGAGUCGAAGUGGAUCACCUGGAGCACUCAUCAAGAGCCCUUCCCAGUACGCGCAGGUAACGUAGUGUAAAAUCAGAACAGGCGACAGAGUGAUGUCGAACCACAUCCGAAUUUCUUCAGGGUUGUGUCUGUGUGAUUCAGAGUCGGCUGCAAUUUUUGAGGUCAGCCCUCAAACUCCGCAGACACCGGUGAUACGCAGUCCCUCGCAGCAUCGGCUGCCAACAUGGAGAUGACAAUCACCCCAAGUCAUUAGUCAUUUUAACACCGAGAGUCGAGACUGGCUAUUGCACGCUAUAACGAAUCUGCUGCCGGGCGUCCAAGUAGCUUGCAGUCCAAAUCAACAGAUUGAGACUUGCCCAAUAAUGUCCCCUCCUGGAUGUGAUGACAAUUCUUAAGAACAUUGAAAUUAAACAUAAUUUUUUGUUUGUAUUUCGCAGAUGAACCACAGACCCAUCAUUCUUGUUUCAUCUUGGUUCUCGUCUUCCCGUCUCUGGAGUUCCAGUGAGUUUUUGAACUCGUUGGCUUGCAUCAUUCGGUGAAUGCAUUUGAGCGUCUCUUGAAGAGCCCGCCUUGUAUAGAGAGUAGAGACGAAUAGAGCUUUCCGCUUUCCUUCAAGAGGACGGGGGAGCUACGCCUUUGCGCUGUCAAUCCAAUCCAGCAUUGUUUUAUCGUGUUGCAUUGGAUUUGCUAGCGCGCAGCUUGUUAAUGAGAUGCAGACAAACGCUCCUUUGUGGAGUGUAUGGCAGCUGCAGAAAAAUGACAACACUGAGGAAGUGUCUUCCAUGUUGGCCCACGAGUUCACGAGGUUUGAGUGCUUCCACAUUGCUGCCUCAUGAUUUGAGAAUCCGAGAUCAAGGGGACAACAGAAGAGGGAACAAAUCAUCGAACG